ACGCUGGUUCACUUUCACGGUUCCUAACCUCUAAGUUUGUUUGCAAAAAAGUUGCAAAGCGACGUGACGUGCGAGUGGACUUUCCGUGUGGCUGGCCACCCUUUUUGGCAAUUUUCCUCUUUUCUCUUAAGUAGUAGGUCUAAUAUAGCAUCAUGUCCAAAGUUUCAAGGGAUAUGUUAAAUGAGGCUGUCGCGGCAGUCCUCAAAGUCUCUAAAGAUCCAGCAAAGAAAAGGAGAUUCUUGGAAACCGUCGAGCUUCAGAUUGGAUUGAAGAACUAUGACCCCCAGAAGGAUAAGCGUUUCUCCGGAACAGUGAAACUGAAGUACAUCCCUCGACCAAAAAUGCAAGUCUGUAUUCUUGGUGAUGCUCAACAUUGUGACGAAGCUAAAGCCAACAACAUCCCAUUCAUGGAUGUGGAAGCCUUGAAAAAACUAAACAAAAACAAGAAGCUUGUCAAGAAAUUAGCCAAGAAGUAUGACGCUUUUUUGGCCAGUGAUGCGCUGAUCAAACAGAUUCCUCGUCUGUUGGGGCCUGGUCUGAACAAAGCUGGUAAAUUCCCUGGUCUCCUGUCUCACACUGAGUCCAUGAUGCAGAAGAUAGAUGAAGUCAAAUCCACCAUCAAAUUCCAGAUGAAAAAGGUUUUGUGUCUGAGUGUUGCUGUUGGUAACGUAGGCAUGACCCAAGAUGAACUUGUACAAAACGUCCACCUGUCAGUCAACUUCUUAGUAUCGCUUUUGAAGAAGCACUGGCAAAAUGUCAGGUCACUCCACGUCAAGUCUACCAUGGGACCUCCCCAAAGACUGUACUAAAUUUUCACCUGUUAGACUAGUUUUUUAAUAAAUGUUUUGACUUUUAA